CAUCUCUUUACCAAUUGUGUUGGGAUUUCGAGUUGAAGGUCUCUGAUUUCACGACUGCAUAAAAUCAUUACGUCAUUGUGUUACUGCAUGAUCAUAAAGGCCCUAGCACAUUUACAGAGAAGUUCUUCUUCAUUUAGAGGUAAAAAAAAAAGUUUAAAACUGCUGAACAACGACAAACUUUUACCAAGCAUACCAGACACCAGCAACGCUGCUGGAGGAGGUGUUUAGAAGUACAUUUAAAUAUGAGGACACUCAAGACUACAUGUAACAUCAACUAAUGUGACAUUUAAAUGUGUUAUCAGUGACUCAAUGCCUCAUUCAUCUCAAUGAUGACUUAAAGUAAUAUAUAUGCAGUAGAUAUUGUGUAAAUUGUCUUGUUUGCAUUCUGAAUUCAUGACUAAUGCGCUAACACUCUAUACGUGGCCAUAAUAUGCGCUGAUUACACUCUGUUAUUGUAAUUUAUGAUGACACUGAUACUACUGCAAAAUGGGUGUAUAAAAGAGUGUCAAAGCGCAGAAUACAGACAAAACAAUGAUGAUAGGCAUAUCUUACUUUGGGCAGAUGUGAGAAUGGCUUUUGGCUGCAGAUGGCAUAUGAGUGAAUGGGCACUUAAGAGUAUUUGAGUAGAAUUGAUUCCUAUUGUAGACUAAUUAAACAAAAAAAAUCACUUGACUUGGUCUUGGAAAAUGUCUCUAAGCAAACGAUCGUACAAAUGUAGUUAGGUUUGCACCAGCUCGCUAAUAACUCUGCACGCCAGUGUGUUCAUGUUGACUGAUUUUAAAUGACUGAACGGGAAUUAGCUGUCAGCCUCAAAGUAGGUGGAGCUCCAGGUCACAUCUACCGAUGACAUGGACCAAUGGCAGUUAUAAAGUGUUUAGAAGCCAGUAAGAAUUUUUCCUAAAUGUUCGCCAUGCAGCUAUUACGAACCACUGAAGUAUGCAGAGGCCUUAAAGCACAAAAAAGUAUUAGAACAAAAAGAACACAUAAUAAGUUGCGCAUCCAACUGCCAAUUAUACUUGCAUUUAAUCUAAGCGCAAACAUGAACUUUAGAGCAGAAUUCUCAGUUAUUUUAGUGGAGUAAAUGUAUAAACUGAGCUUCAGAUGAGUGUGCUUCUCAUCUAUGUCACUUUAUGUUGAUAUCACACUGAAAAAGUUCUGUGAACUUGUGCGUAUGCGCUUUUUCAAUUUUUCAGAUCGGACGGUUAUUUCCUUUUAAAGGCCCCAAUAUACUUCUGUAGAAGUUCUAAUUCUUUAUUCUUUCAGGGGUAAAAGGAAGUUCUAAACAGCCGAGCAAUGAUAUACUGUUUCUGAACAUUCAGACACCCGCCACACCGCUGUGGGAGGCGUUUAGAGGAGCAUUUAAAUAUGAGGAUGCUACAUGUAAAAUCUAAACUAAUGUGACAUUCAAAUGUGUUAUCAGUGACUUUAUGCCUCAUUCUAUGAGUAAAAUUCACAUGAGAUCAGUAAAAGAAGUUGUUUUAACCACUCGAUAAUGAAGUAAUAUAAACUCAGCAAAAAACGAAAUGUUUUUCAGGACACUGUAUAUUAAAGAUAAUUUUGUAAAAAUCAAAAUAACUUUACAGAUCUUUAUUGUAAAGGGUUUAAACUAUGUUUUCCAUGCUUGUUCAGUGAACCACAAACAAUUAAUGAACAUGCACUUGUGGAAUGGUCGUUAAGACACUAACAGCUUACAGACGGUAGGCAAUUAAGGUCACAGUUAUAAAAACUUAGGACACUAAAGAGACCUUUCUACUGACUCUGAAAAACACCAAAAGAAAGAUGCCCAGGGUCCCUGCUCAUCUGUGUGAACGUGCGUUAGGCAUGCUGCAUGGAGGCAUGAGGACUGCAGAUGUGGCCAGGGCAAUAAAUUGCAAUGUCCGUACUGUGAGACACCUAAGACAGCACUACAGGGAGACAGGAAGGACAGCUGAUCGUCCUCGCGGUGGCAGACCACGUGUAAAAAUACCUGCUCAGGAUCGGUACAUCCGAAUAUCACACCUGCGGGAUAGGUACUGGAUGGCAACAACAACUGCCCGAGUUACACCAAGAACACACAAUCCCUCCAUCAGUGUUCAGACUGUCCGCAAUAGGCUGAGAGAGGCUGGACUGAGGGCUUGUAGGCCUGUUGUAAUGCAGGUCCUUACCAGACAUCACCGGCAACAAUGUCGCCUAUGGGCACAAACCAACCAUCGCUGGACCAGACAGGACUGGCAAAAAGUGCUCUUCACUGACGAGUCACGGUUUUGUCUCACCAGUGGUGAUGGUCGGUCUCGCAUUUAUUGUCAAAGGAAUGAGCACCGAGUUACACCGAGGCCUGUACUCUGGAGCGGGAUCGAUUUGGAGGUGGAAAGUCUGUCAUGGUCUGGGGCAGUGUGUGUCAGCUUCAUCGGACUGAGCUUGUUGUCAUUGCAGGCAAUCUCAACGCUGUGCGUUACAAGGAAGACAUCCUCCUCCCUCAUGUGGUACCCUUACUGCAGGCUCAUCCUGACAUGACCCUCCAGCAUGACAAUGCCACCAGCCAUACUGCUCAUUCUGUGCGUGAUUUCCUGUAAGACAGGAAUGUCAGUGUUCUGCCAUGGCCAGCGAAGUGCCCGGAUCUCAAUCCCAUUGGACAUGUCUGGGACCUGUUGGAUCAGAGGGUGAGGGCUAGGGCCAUUCCCCCCAGAAAUGUCUGGGGACUUGCAAGUGCCUUGGUGGAAGAGUGGGGUAACAUCUCACAGCAAUGUUGGGCCUCAUGUAUUCAGAUAGAAGACAAAGGCAGGCCUAACAGUCAUGGAAACAUAACUCAAGCCCCCACCUUCUAAGUUGUAAAUUUUACUGAUAAAAAUCACGCCAAAAUCAAACAAAGGGAGUCCAAAACAGACUACAGAUCCAUGAAGCCUUGCUCACUAAAGGAUCCAGCGCUCAACUCCUAUUGGAUGAAGCACACAACAGAACGUCCCUCAAACAUGACAUCAUCAGGAGUUGAAAUAAUUCUGAAAUGCGUCCAGAAUUCGCUUCCAGCGACUUUGUUCACCGAAUAUAGACGUAGUUUUUUUGCUGCUCUCCGGUGCAACCUCGUGGCACAAGGAAGUAAUGUCCGACUUGAAACUGUAGCCAUACAAUCUCCAUCUCGCUGGACGAGUUGAGAUUACUCUGUGUUCAACCAAACACUCUAACGGAUCCGAAGGAGACCGCCGAACAAUUCGCAUCUUCAUCCGUUUGCCUACAGAAGUGAAGAGAUUAAAGAUUUCUCUUCCAUCUUCAAUCAAGUCGACAUUUCUGAGUUCUCCGCCAGCCCGCCGAGAAUCAACAGCCGUACCGCCCGCUGACAAUCAACAGCCAUACCGCCCGCCAACAGAGCGAGGAAACGGCCUCCCGUCAUCAUACGAGCCUCAAGGAACCGGGUCAAAGUUAAAGGACGGAGGAAAACACAUUCUACCUUGGUCCUCAUGCGAUUCAAGUAAGAGGUUACGUCUGGGUAGAGAUAGAACAUUAUAGCGUGUUAUUCUUGUGUUUCAAGGUUUUUGCUUGUACAGUUUAUGGAUCGCCAUGUCCGCUCAUUAUUAAUACUCAGGGUAUUAAUUAUCACAAAUUUGUUUUGCUGUAUUGUGGUCCAACCAAAUUGGAUUGUGCAAUUUCGCCAUCGCGGGUGAGACAGAAACUGAGUUCAUCCAUUAGAGUCAAAUAACGCAGGACUUUUACGAGCCCCGCUCGUAAAACCGCGUCUCUGAGUGAUGAACACAGCUGCUUUCUCUCCCACUAUCACGAAAUCAGCUUUAGGGCUGUCACUUAAUCAUCUCUCUCUCUCUCUCUCUCUCUCUCUCUCUCUCUCUCACUAACAACACUGACACACACACACACACACACUGUCACACACACACCGUCACACACACACCUUAUGUGUUAUAGGAUUAUUUUUAUUUCCAUAUCUAAUCAUAUCACUGUUUAGUUUGUAGUUGUAAGUCGGAAGUUUAUACGCCUGUGUCAUGCUGACGGGAUGUCAGUGCUCGGAUUCAAACCUUCAUUCAUUGUUUUUUUUCCCGAAAAUCGAUAUUCUUCGGAUGUCGAUUUUCCUAAGAAAACAAUCUAAUAUUGAGACUGUUUUACUAUUCGGUUAUUAGUCCCUGAUUUCAGGGUGGUGCCCGUCAAUGUUAAUCCUUAUUAAUAUUCUAUUGAUUUUUGAUAAUUGAUAAUUAUCUUUGAUGAUUGUUGAAUUUGAAUGAUCAGUAAGCUAGUAUUAAUUUUAAUUAAUGUUUCAUCGAUGUUAACAAUUAACAAUUAUCUUUGAUAACUGUUGAUUUAAAGGAUUUAAAAAAGCUAACAUUGAUUCUAAUCAAUGUUCUAUUGAUUUUAAUAAUUAAUAAUUAUCUUUGAUAAUUAUUAAUUAUUGCUAAUAACCAAACUUGCUCCUAAACGUAGCACACUACAUUUACUGGAGUCUCAUAUGAGGUUUUAAUGAGUUAGAUUCAAUUGAUUAAUUUAAAUAUUAAUUAAUAAGUACAGAAAUAAUUAUUAAUUAUUUCUGAUAGUAACACUGAUCUAAACAACCAGUAAAGCCCUACAUAAUAAUUGGUACCCCGUGUGAGGAAUCCUACAUGCCAGUUCUGUCACAGUGUGUAUGCAUAAGAAUCCAAAGUAAUAAUUUGAAUCAUUACUUCAAAGUUUGGUUCUGUUUGACAAUUUACUUCUCACAACUUGCCAAACAUAAGCCAGUGUGGUGUGAAAGUGCUCUUAAGAGUGAAUUAGGGGUUGGUAAAUUUACUAUAGUCUGCUUAAAACCUGCUGUUGUUGUUAUUUAACUCCUAAUGCUUUCAUUUAAAUGUUACAGAGAGGUGCCAAGUCACUUCAUUGACAUCCACCAAAGAGAGAACACAAUGAAAUUUGCACAUUACAUAACAGUAGACCGUAAGCCACAGGUCAAAGCCUCUCAACUGUGCUUUCGUGUUAGCAUUAUAUCAACUGUAAAACAACAAGCUGUCAGAGUCACUAUCACAAGAAUUUUUACUGCCCCAGUAAAAUGAGUCACCAAUCGCCCUGCGUGACUGGAGCUGAAGCUCCACAGAGGUUAGUCGACCCAGCACUGCAAGAUGUAGUUGCUGCUGUCCUCCGUCUUUCCGUAGAGGAGAGAGAUAUCCUUAACGGCUACAGAAUUAGUCGUUGUGAUGAAGCAUUGCAGGAACUAGUUGAUUAUGUCAACAACCCGGUCGGGAAGCCAAUGCGUACAAUCCUGGACCUUGUGGGCCAAAUGUUCCUUUUUCAUCACCGCAAAACCCAACUGCAAACUGCCGAGCACCAGGCCCAGCUCACCCAGCUGCAGAGCAGCUAUCAAGCGGUGCAGAGGGAAAAUCUCAGCCUGCACCAAGAAAUUAGGUGCACCCAAGCUGAGAAAGUCCAGGCACAGGAAGAUUAUGCCCGGAUGCAGGAGGAAAAUGAAACCCUGUGCAGGCAGCUUCAAGCUGCCCAGCUAAAAGUAGAGUCAGAUCAGGUAAGUGCAGCUGAAACACACAGCACGACAUCUGACAUAGAAGAGGGCCUCCUUUUUAGCGAUACGGGUAGAAAUGUGCCCCUGAGAAACCCAGGGACACACGCUAGGAGCCGAGCUGCCCCUAGUGGUACAGUCUCUGACUUCGUACUCCAAGACACCUUUCAAACUCCUCCAGCGGCCCGCUGGUUGGAUGCAUGUGCCCCUCCUUAUAGUUGCCCCCCCCAGUCAGUUUUCAGUCACGCCACCGUGCGUUUCAAACCGACUGAUUCCACACCAUGGAGGGGGGACAAUUAUUUUCAAGCCCAGUGUGGUGUAGCGGCUCGAAUAUCCCAUUAGCCAGGGAGCUGUAUGCAACCCGGGGUCCAACCCCACACGUCGACUGGACUCCUUCCCCACCACAAAGGGGAGGAAGUCAUCCUCAUUGCUAUAGCAAUCCGAGUGACUAUGAUGUUUCGGAUGACUCGGAUGACCCGUGGUCAUACCGACACCAACACUUGCGAAUCCGACAACUCGAGUCCCUCGCAGGGGACAUAGAACGCUUUGACCCAAGUAAUCGAGAUUCAAACAUCGACAAUUAUCUUAGGGAAAUUGAGCACUACCUGAUUGACUUGCCUUACGCUUCGUUGCGUGAAAAACUCAAGCUUAUAUGGAAGACCACAGUAAGGAGUGUCCAUGCGUUCAUGGAAACACUACCGACUGGUAUACAAAACCACUACUCAGCUCUGUGUAAAGCCCUAUGUGAGGAGUAUUCGCUGUAUAUCGACGAAGCCUCCGCUACCAUAGCUGCUUUUGCCAUCACCCAGAAGAGGCACGAGCCUCCGCGUGAGUAUUAUAGAUGCCUGAGAACCACGUACUUCCAAGGAAGUAACGAACCAGGUCUGGAGGAGGAACGAGCUAUCAAGUCUCUUUUCCUUCACAACCUCCACGAGUGCGUGCGAUAUGACGUCACGAUGCACUGCAGAAUGGGCAACCCCACCAUGCAGGAAAUCAGAAAGUACGCGCAACUGGCGUGGGAGACACGCGUGCGCCCUGCCCGAGGGCAUGAAGGCGACGCCAGAGCCCUGGGGAUCCAAGCCUUAUAUGCAGACCUAGCGCUUGAAGGCAACGAAAUGCCUCGCGUUAAGGUGAAUGCUAGAACCGGACCCCAGAGGCACCGAUCACCCCGCCAGCAGGGUAGGCAAUAGAACCAGGGGGGUGGUGACCAGACACACCCCCAGGGUCAUGGCAGGCCUAAACGACAAAACAUUCACCGGCCGAAAAUAAAUGCACGUUUCGAACGAAAACCCAAACAAGAAGGUGAGUGGGUAGAAAAGGUUUCAAAUCCCCUCAGAGAACAAGAUUUGAGAGAGGAAAUGGAGGAUAUUAGGAGACGCUUGACUGAGUUAAUAAUUAAGCUUGACAUGCUCCGUUGUUCACCAGGUCCGUCGACCUCCUCAAAGGAACACGGCGCUGAAACCUCGUCAGUAUGACUAGACGAUGUACCCCCUCCCGUUAACGCCAAAGUUUACUUUGUAGGUCGGGAAAAGGGGAACAGUGUCCAAGUUGCUCCCCAAAACAGUCACUCCUAACAUGCCUCACCCUCCUUUUCUAACCUUCUUGGGCGAUCUAUACCGUAAGGGCAACGCCUGAUACAUGGGUCAUUCCGCUCCCACGCACUACUCAACACUGGUUCCGAAAUAGUCUAAUGGAUUUCAAACACCUUCGCAGAGGUGACUAGAGCAAAGCUCUCCCUUGGCAAACCGUUAUAGACAGAGACCUGCAAUGUAAGCAUCACAAGCUAAACGCAAGAUAGGUCGUCUAUCACAAAACGGGCCUGGAUUGACAUCUUUCAAGGGAUGAUGCUAGUACACCCUGUUUACACAUGUCCCAUUAAUACGGAACCACUGUUAGUUGGCCAGGACCUACUGAACCGAUUGGCUCCGCUCAUCGACUGCCGUCGUGGACACAUGUGGGCUCAGGUUGACAUACCGAGACCACUUGGUCCAGAAAACAGUUCGCCAGCUUCAGAUGCACACGUCGCCAUCGUCCAAAAAUCCAGCAGAGACGACGACCCAAUAAGAACAAUUACAGGGCUUGGGUAAAAACCCUUCAGGGUACUAUAGUCACUGUAAAUUUGCACUCCGUUCUUAUCAAUAACAAUUUGCACGCUUUAGGGACUUUGUCAGAGAAAACAACUUUAUGCGUGUAUCGUUAGAGAUCUAAUGCAGGACCUCCUCAGGGAUAUUAGCUCCUCAGUCAACAGUCUGAGUGAUGGAAGGAUUCCAGCUUACCUGGUCUCCCUAGACCUUGUCAAACAAAUCCUUAGAUCUGCUACUAUCUCCAUUGUGCAACCUUCACAGAUACACAUGGCAUAUAGUUUUGGCAUUGAAAUUCCAAUCCAUGUAAAUCCUCAGAACCUCAAAAUAGGAUUUAUCCUCAAUCUACCAUCAUAGGCAGAAUAUAUAUAGACUAAAAUCUGUAUUUAAUGUUGGUUUUCAGAGAGGUAAUGCACACAUUCACCUCAAAACACCACCAACACUCGCCGACCAUGAUGAGGACCCCUCGCUCUACCUUAUCUCUAACCUAAACAUGUGUACCAAGACAAAGAACAUUCAUUGGGUUUGUCCAAAUGCAACCCCUUUGUUAGAGAGGUGACUAACUACCUCCCUGAACAAGUGUCAUGGUAGCAUGUCCAUCAAAGAUGAAGGAACAGAGACAAAGGUAGAGCGAGCAGGCAGUCACUGGCUCGUUAACACACCAGCCACCGAAGUCAUACGACUGCCAUGAUACAGCCACUAAGCUAAGGCCACUAAACUAAGGCUACCAAACCAAACGGUGUUCUUAAUGGUUCCCCAAGGAGCCAUCGUGCACACUGGCGAUAUUGUCCUCCAUCAUCUCAACGUCAACAAAAAUGAUGCAGAAAUUAAGAUCAUGGACGCAUUUAGAGGUCACAGCCUCACCGUUGAUGACACCCUUCAACAGCAGCUUCAGGCUGAAGGGAUGGAAUUAGUGAAGUUCAGUCUCAAACCGACUGGCUUGACCACUAUAUUUCAUAGUCACAUAAGCAGAUCGUCAUCUUACCGAGAACACCCUAUCAGUUUGGUUGCCCUCUAGCUCCUCUUUAGUGGUUGGAUCAUCAUCGCAAUUAUUGCACACGCCAUGUACAGGUACAUUCAACACCUACAGGCCAGACUGGUCUCACUUCUCAUACAGCCGUGUUUUGCACACCAGUCUGAGCCCAUCCCACAGGUUAACCCCAUCAUUUCCAAGGAUAAGCCUUUUAACCUUUAACCCUCCUUUCCUCUAACAUUUUGUUCCUAGUAACCAAUGUCAGGUUCUACUUUGAUUUUGUGUUAUGACCAAAGAACAACAAAAGAUUGUGUUAUGGUUAAUGCUGUGCCUUCCAAUAACUUGAAAUAUGUGUGUGAUGAAUGUAGUUUUAGAAUUAGCUAGAAGUUCUAUGCCCAGAUGUGCCUCAAUCUCUGUCCAGACGAUAAAGCCUCUGUGAACUCUAAUGAACUGUAUGGACUGUGCAACCAUUUUUCUUUCCUAUCAGGAAUACAUGGAUGGCAUAACCCACAGGUUACUGUGAACCGACAAGAACUGUUCGGCCCUUCAGUUGCUCUAAAGAUGCUGGACAACAACCAACUCUUCAGAACAAAGGGGGGAAUGUUGGGCCUCAUGUAUUCAGAUAGAAGACAAAGGCAGACCUAACAGUCAUAAAAACAUAACUCAAGCCCCCACCUUCUAAGUCGUAAAUUUUACUGACAAAAAUCGCACCAAAAUCAAACAAAACCAAAACAGACUACAGAUCCAUGAAGUCUUGCUCACUAAAGGAUCAAGCGCUCAACUCCUAUUGGAUGAGGCACACAACAGAAUGUCCCUCAAACAUGACAUCAUCAGGAGUUGAAAUAAUUCUGAAAUGCGUCCAGAAUUCGCUUCCAGCGACUUUGUUCACCGAAUAUAAACGUAGUUUUUUUGCUGCUCUCCGGUGCAACCUCGUGGCACAAGGAAGUAAUGUCCGACUUGAAACUGUAGCCAUACAAUCUCCAUCUCGCUGGACGAGUUGAGAUUACUCUGUGUUCAACCAAACACUCUAUCGGAUCCGAAGGAGACCGCCGAGCAAUUCGCAUCUUCAUCCGUUUGCCUACAGAAGUGAAGAGAUUAAAGAUUUCUCUUCCAUCUUCAAUCAAGUCGACAUUUCUGAGUUCUCCGCCAGCCCACCGAGAAUCAACAGCCAUACCGCCCGCUGACAAUCAACAGCCAUACCGCCCGCUGACAGAGCGAGGAAACGGCCUCCCGUCAUCACACGAGCCUCAAGGAACCGGGUCAAAGUUAAAGGACGGAGGAAAACACAUUCUACCUGUGUCCUUAUGCGAUUCAAGUAAGAGGUUACGUCUGGGCAGAGAUAGAAUAUUAUAGCGAGUUAUUCUUGUGUUUCAAGGUUUUUUCUUGUACAGUUUAUGGAUCGUCAUGUCCGCUCAUUAUUAAUACUCAGGGUAUUAAUUAUCACAAAUUUGUUUUGCUGUAUUGUGGUCCAACCAAAUUGGAUUGUGCAAUUUUGCCAUCGCGGGUGAGACAGAAACUGAGUUCAUCCAUUAGAGUCAAAUAACGCAGGACUUUUACGAGCCCCGUUCGUAAAACCGCGUCUCUGAGUGAUGAACACAGCUGCUUUCUCUCCCACUAUCAUGAAAUCAGCUUUAGGGCUGUCACUUAAUCAUCUCUCUCUCUCUCUCUCUCUCUCUCUCUCUCUCUCUCUCACUAACCACACUAACACACACACACACACACUGUCACACACACACCUUAUGUGUUAUAGGAUUAUUUUUAUUUCCAUAUCUAAUGAUAUCACUGUUUAGUUUGUAGUUGUAAGUCGGAAGUUUAUUGACUGCAUUGUAUUAAUUAUUAAUUGAUAUUACUGCAUAAAUAAAUUUUGUUUAUAUUACAAAGAGAAGUGUUUUGGUUUGUUUUGGUUUUGCAUACGCCUGUGUCAUGCUGAUGGGAUGUCAGUGCUCGGAUUCAAACCUUCAUUCAUUGUUUUUUUUCCCGAAAAUCGAUAUUCUUCGGAUGUCGAUUUUCCUAAGAAAACAAUCUAAUAUUGAGACUGUUUUACUAUUCGGUUAUUAGUCCCUGAUUUCAGGGUGGUGCCCGUCAAUGUUAAUCCUUAUUAAUAUUCUAUUGAUUUUUGAUAAUUGAUAAUUAUCUUUGAUGAUUGUUGAAUUUGAAUGACCAAUAAGCUAGUAUUAAUUUUAAUUAAUGUUUCAUCGAUGUUAACAAUUAACGAUUAUCUUUGAUAACUGUUGAUUUAAAGGAUUUAAAAAAGCUAACAUUGAUUCUCAUCAAUGUUCUAUUGAUUUUAAUAAUUAAUAAUUAUCUUUGAUAAUUAUUAAUUAUUGCUAAUAACCAAACUUGCUCCUAAACGUAGCACACUACAUUUACUGGAGUCCCAUAUGAGGUUUUAAUGAGUUAGAUUCAAUUGAUUAAUUUAAAUAUUAAUUAAUAAGUACAGAAAUAAUUAUUAAUUAUUUCUGAUAGUAACACUGAUCUAAACAACCAGUAAAGCCCUACAGCAAGAACUGGCAAAUCUGGUGCAGUGCAUGAGGAGAAGAUGCACUGCAGUACUUAAUGCAGCUGGGGUCACUAUGCAUGUUAAAAUCUUUUUUUGAUGUGGUAUCAAACUUACACUUUAUGACAAACUUUGAUGUGGUGCAGUCAUGUAAAAGAAAAAUUAAACAUGGCACUCCAUACAAAAGAGGUUGGCAACUCUAGAAAAGUCCAGGUACAAGAAUACAUUUUUGGUGUUGGAAAAAAUCUGUUUGAAUGUUUGGGAUUUUUACAAGUGGGUACUAGUCAUGUGAUUGUUGGUUUUAUGGUUUUACGUAGCUGUCUUGAAUUUAGGUGUUUCCCCUUGGUUAAGUUGCAAGUUUCAAUUCACUAAACAGGUCCUUCCUGUCAGUCUUUGUCCUCUUUGCAUUUUGCCAACUAUUGUGCAUUAAUUGGUGUUUCUUAACGAUGACUUGUUGAUUGACUUAAUGUUCUUUUAAAGGAUAAAUAUUGACUUUUGAUCCUUUGACAGCUGAUGUAUUGGCAGCAUCUGCUUCCUGAGCCACAAUAAAACUUUAUAACGCAGAAGUACUGCUUUCAAAAUAAAAAAAAAUUGUUCCCUUCAGACAGGAGCUCAAAAAUACAGAUAUGAAUUAUAGCAGAACUUGACAAAAACAAAAUGGUGAUUACAUGCAUUAUACAGUAUGAUUAAUGGCACAAUAUAACAUGCAUGGUGUUGUGUUUAGGGCUCUCUCUUUAACAGUUAAUUAUAUAUAUACAGAUUUUUUGUCAUGUCUAUUCAAUGAUUUACUCGUCUGCCACAAUAGUGUCUUAAAACAUCUUAUAAUAUUUGGGGGAUUUUCACAGCAAGUACUGAUAUACAGUUGAAGUUAGAAGUUUACAUACACCUUAGCCAAAUACAUUUAAACUACAUUUUUCACUAUUCCUGACAUUUAAUCAUAGAAAACAUUCCCUGUUUAGGUCAGUUAGGAUCACUCCUUUAUUUUAAGAAUGUGAAAUGUCAGAAUAAUAGUAGAGAGAAUUAUUUAUUUCAGCUUUUAUUUCUUUCAUCAUAUUCCCAGUGGGUCAGAAGUUUACAUACACUUUGUUAGUAUUUGGUAGCAUUGCCUUUAAAUUGUUUAGCUUGGGUCAAAUGUUUUGGGUAGCCUUCCACAAGCUUCUCACAAUAAGCUGCUGGAAUUUUGGUCCAUUCUUCCAGACAGAACUGGUGUAACUGAUUCAGGUUUGUAGGCCUCUUUGCUCGCACACGCUUUUUCAGUUCUGCCCACAAAUUUUCUAUCGGAUUGAGGUCAGGGCUUUGUGAUGGCCACUCCAAUACCUAUUGACUAUCAGAAGCUAAUUGGCUAAUUGCCUAAAGGCUUGAGAUAAUUUUCUGGAAUUUUCGAAGCUGCUUAAAGGCACAGUUAACUUAGUGUAUGUAAACUUUUGACCCACUGGAAUUGUGACGCAGUCAAUUAAAAAUGAAACAAUCUAUCUGUAAACAAUUGAUGGAAAAUUGCUUGUGUCAUGCACAAAGUACAUAUCCUAAACGACUUGCCAAAACUAUAGUUUGCUAAUAUUAAAUCUGUGGAGUGGUUAAAAAUGAGUUUUAAUGACUUCAACCUAAGUGUAUGUAAACUUCUGACUUCAACUGUAUACAGUUAUUUUUAUUAAUUAAUCCACAUAUAAUUUGAUAAAAAUGUGUAAUCGUUUGACAGCCCUAGUUGUAAUGUCCAUAAAUAUAAAAAAAAAAGAAGCAAAUUAGCAGUAGUUAAACUCUGUCGAAGCUCAGCUCUGGAGAAAAUUGCACUACAGGCAUAAUGAAUGUCUUUGUAAAAAAUAUUGAGACUUAAAAUUUCUGUCCUCAUUAAAUUUGAUAAAUAUGUUUUAUAUUUGAUGCUACAGAGGAACAGAAACACAGUGGGUGUCUUUUCAUGAUAAGAUUCUCAUCAAACGGGUCAAUUCGCUGCAGAGUUGGCUCUGUUUAUGUAAAGCACCAUGUUUAGACUGGAGCUCUGGGUUUCACUUCCUUGAGAUCUGUAUUUUAAACACAGUCAGAUAUCUAGAUUUCUCAUGUGUGAUGGUUAAGGACUUUGGUCUCAAAGCACAUCUCCUUUUAAAGUGUGUCUCACAGGUGUGAAGUUUGUGGCUUCCCCAUUCUCUCUCUCUCUCUCUCUCUCUCUCUCUCUCUCUCUCUCUCUCUCUCUCUCUCUCUCUCUCUCCUUUAGCAUUGAGAUAGAGCAGCUAUGGGCUAAAUAAUGAAGUAAUCAAAAAUUAGAUGUGGUCACAUUAAUUGAGUGGAAUGACUCUAGAUUGUUGCAGAACCCCAAGUACAUGGGAAUACAAACCAUCCCAGAACCCUUUCAGAGACGUUUAGUAGAAAGCAGAACUUUGAUCAGUUAGAACUGAAACCUGCCAGGGAAGGGAGGGGGACUGUUUUGUUUGGACGGAUCUUUUCUUGCAUUUCAUGAAGUCUCUUUAUGUUGUUCAUGUUUUCUGUUUUAUUUAUGAUGCAAUUUAAUUUAGUGCCUCAAAUUAUGCAAAUUAAUUCUCACACAGCUCUCGAAAUGCCUUUAUAAAGUGAAACUUUUAAUUGUUUUUGGAAUGUUUGUAAAAUAUUGGCACACAAUGGAUUCUAACAACCCAAAAAGAUGAGAAGUCAAAGGACAGACGUAGUACAGCUUCACAGCAGACGGGAAGGAGAACACAGGGAAGCAGGUUUAUCCAGGCUCAGGAAGUGUCUCUGCAGGAUGUGAGAAAAGAGAUCUGAUUCUGUAAAAAGUUCAAAUUACCCAUCAUAGGUGUGAUAGAGAACAUGAGUGGCUUACAUUUACGCAUUUGGCUGACGCUUUUAUCCAAAACAACUCACAGUGCCCUGAUUACAGGGACAAUCCCCCUGGAGCAACCUGGAGUUAAGUGCCUUGCUCAAUGACACAAUGGUGGUGGCUGUGGGGAUUGAACCAACAGCCUUCCACUUACCACUUAAGUGUUUCAGUCCACUACAUCACUCCACAUUUGGUUUGGCUUUGGCAAGGUAUAGUAUACAAGUAUAAAUUUUAGAUUCAUCCAGAAAAACUCAGCACAUUACGGUUGACUAUUGUUUUUUUCUGUAUAUAUUGGUUUUGCACUUUAUUUUUUAUUUUAACAGGUUUAAAGGUGUUUUUUUAUAUUUUUUUUUUUUAUUUAGCUUAAGAUACAGUCAGCUAUAAGUAAGCCAUUGGUAGAUUGAUUUCACCUAAAAGUGUAAACACUGUAGCUUUGUAGUGGUGGCUCUAUGGUACUAAUGGAAGAUGGGGACAUUUUCUAGAAUUUGUUUAAAAACUGAUUGUCUUUGCAAUUUCAUUUGGUGUCACUAGUGUUGCAAAUCUUACACACUUCAGCUUUAAUUGUUCUAUACAUUUUAUUACAUUUUCUUUUAGUAUAUUUAAAGUUAUAUUUUACCCACACACUUGUUAAGGCCUUUUUCCAUAUAAUUAUAAUCUGUAUUCUCAAGGGUGUAACCAAAUAUUCAAGAGUAAGGAGGGCAAAAUGUAUGAAUUUGUUAUUUAAAAACCCAGAAUGUUCGACCACUUAUCUGAAUAUUGACUCAGACUCUUUCAAUGUCUGUGGUGGUUAUGGCCCUGUGCAUUCUGUCCUAAAAAAGAAAGUCUCACAUUAUCUAGUUGUUUUUGAUACCCCUCCUCUCUCUUUGUGGAUUGAAUACAGGAGGUGCAGAGAGGAUGUGUGAGGAGCUAAAUCUCGCUCUUCUGGGCAGAGUACCCCUGGACCCACGGAUAGGGAAAAGCUGUGACGAAGGAAGUGAAGUUCUAGACUCUCCCGCAGCAAUGGCCUAUCAGAGUAUAGUCCAGAGUACGUCAACCUAUACUAACAUGACCCACAUAAAUUAGAGAUUACUGUUUUUCUCAUUCUGCGUCAGAUGAUCCUUGUUGAGAUACAGAAUGUCCAGUAGACGUUGUUGCUGGGAUAUCCAAUGAAUUCAGAGUGCAGUGUCUUUUGAAUGGUCAAUCACAAAACAAAAGCCUUGAGAAGUCAUAAGUAUCUGUUGGUCACAUUUACAAACUAUUCAAAGUGUAAAACAAAGUGAUCCAAGCAUGAAACUGUGGCCUUUCGAAACAACCACUUUCUCUCAAAUCAAAGAUACUGGAAAAUAUGCUCUAAGUGAUGCAAAAGUAUGAUCCAAAAUGGAAAGUUCUACUUGAAUCCAAGUUUUCAAAAUUGCAGUGAUUCAAGUGAUGGUAAUAGAAGUAUAAUUAUGACUAAUUAAAUUGCCAUGUUUCAACAGAGCAAAAGGAAUUAUGUUUUGUUUGUUAUAAAUUAUUUUUGAUGGGAAUGAAAUCAAGGCUGUGAUGGAUUGACCUAAAGUCUCUACAGUGGCAUUCACUGUAGAAAGAUCACAUCUAAUUAAUUUCUAACUAAACUCGUGCUUUCUGGAGUUAUUUGUCUGAAAAUAUUUUUGGAAAGAUGUUUUUACAAUGUUUCAACAGCAGAAUGAUGAACACCAAUUUAAACAACAGUACAACCCAUUUAACAGACUGCAAUUCAAUCCCCCACAGCCUAGUUUCAUUCCCAUACAUUAAAAACAGUGUGGCUCUAGUAUGACUAAGAUUUAUCAGUUAAUUUUGUUUAAUUUUGCAUUUUGAAUGUUGUUAAAGUAAAUUUAAUUACAUAAUUUCCUUAACUGAAUCUCUUUGUACUGUGAUUCAUUCUAUUUUUUAUUUUUUUUAAUUAUUAUUAUUAUUAUUUUUUUAUGUACAACAUUUGGAAGAACAUCUGUAAUAGGUCACAUAGUGAAUUUUCUAUAAAAUUUAAUGCAAAUCAUGUGCAAAUCCUUAAAAUGCCAAAUCAAGUGCAUUUUCAGUUCCAUUUUUCUGGCUGUUCCCAAACCUCCAUCCACCAACGCUUGGUCCAAGAUGUGGCAUUGGGCACAAAUAACCGGGUGAAGGUGCGGUGUGUGCACGGGGAUAUUCACACGUAUCUGGUGGUUACCACUGAGAUACUAUUCAGGGGGAGAAAACAUAGAGUGGAGGCCGCGGUUAAUUCCCGCCUCACCAUCCGCUGAUUUUGGGGAUGAGUUGGCCUGAUUUUAAGAAUUUAUUAAGGGAAAUUUGUGCGGAUGGGUCCUGUGAAAUAAUGUCUCGGUGUGUGACGUACGAUGCUAUGGCUGUCUAUGUCUUAUCUGUAUCAAGGUGAAACAAGGGAGGAAGUCCCCGCCCUCAGGGAAUUUCCUGAAGGGGAUUUCCCCCAGAGCAGUCACAUGACGAGUCUCUCAAACAUGCAUUUGACCAGCUCCAGCCCUAACGUCACGCUCGCAUACCCACAUUUUUCAAUUAUUAAAGAUCGGUUGUAUCGAGUGACACAGGACACUCAAACAAAAGAGAAUACAACUCAGUUAUUAGUCCCGAAGUGCCGUCGGGAAGCUUUCUUCCAGACAGCUCAUCAUAAUCCAAUGGCUGGCCAUUUAGGACAGGAAAAAAACUCAACCAAAUAAUGGCCCGUUUUUUUUUUUUGGCCGGGCAUUCAAGGGGACGUUCGCAGGUGGUGUGCGGUGUGCCAAUUGGUGAAUCCACCAGCCACCCCCAAAAGCGCCAUUGGGCCCUCUACCGCUAAUCGAGG